AUGUAAGAUUAAGAAAAAUAGGGAAUAGAAGAUGCUAUAUUGUUGGGCAACUAAAAGAGAGAAUAAUUAAAAUUAACUACCUUUCAAGUUCUAUUUGUUAUUCGUAAUAGCGAAGAUGAAGAAGGGGGAAUGUUUGGAUUCUAUUUUUUUAAUGCUCUUGAUUAUUUUCAGAUGCAUCAAUUUCCAUUUUAUGUUACAAUCUAUUACCUUUGGAAGUAAGACACUUUUAUGGCGUUUGUCACUCAAGUAUAAAACCUAUUACAAAUAAGUAAUUACAUUCCAAGUUUAACGUAUGAUUCUCUUUUAUUGACUGUUUACAUAUUGUUAUUUUUUAUUUUGUUGAUCAUUCUAGACAUUAUUUAUGUUUCCUAUUCGUUUUCUCGUAAUCGAUUUUAUUGGCUCUGGCCCUUAUUAUUAUUAAAACAGAUUACUUCCUUUGUGGUAACUGUAGGAUUUUUACCUAUCACAGAGACCUUAACUUCCAUUUUAUAAUGCUAUGUAGAUCCAGAUACAGGAAAAUAUAUAAUAUAUGGUUACAAUAAUAUCUUUGUCGAAUGUUGGUAAAAUUGGCACACUUUUCACGCAAUUAUAGAUCUUACAUUCAUCGUAAUAUUUUCAAUAAUAUGCAGUAUUGUUGCAUAUGCAUUUUUUGAACCAGCUAUGAAUACUAAUGAUAGAUCUGCAAGAUAGGAUUCCAAUGGGGAAGUGGCCUUUAUUACAAAUAAAAUUACUUGCUAAUUAAUGUUUAGUUUACUUAGACCGAACUAUCCUGAAUAAGCAUGGAUUAUGGUUAUAACUUCUUUUGUUUUAUCACUUUGGUUAUUUAAACAAUAUAAUUUUAACGAUCCUUACUAUGAUUUUUAGGUUGGGUUAUUCUAUUGUAUUUGCAGCACACUGUAUUUAUGGGCUUGUUUUAUGUUGUUAGUUUGUAAAAUAUUGGAAUCUACUGAAUUUACUGGAGGAUUUAUUGCCUGGUUGAUUGGCGUUCCGUUUAUUAUUAGCAUUAUGUUGCUGACGAAAAAAUCGAAAAUUGAAACUCUGAUUAAAUCUUAAACAAAAUUUAGGAGUGGAGAGUAAAUUUGGAGUCAUAUCAGAUAUGUAUUGCAACUGAUAUAAAAUCAAGAGAAAGAUAGAAAUUCCUAUAUGUUGCUUAUUGGAUAUAUAGAAAAACACAAAGAGACUUGUAAUUAUGAUGACUGUCCUUUAAAAACUAAAUUAAAAUAAAGAAAGUCAGGAAAUUAAAACGAUAUUAAUGAAAUAAUUAGAGGGCUAAUUUAAGAAUUGGAUAGAAUGUUUGUAUAGGGUUUAAAAAAGUUUCCAAAUUCAACUUAUUUAAGAAUCUUUUAUGGACUAUUUUUGAUAGAAAGAAGAAACAAUAAAUAGAAAGCUUUAGAAUAAUUUGAGCUUGCUCAAUAUACUAAACCAGCUCUUUAUUAAUAGUUUAUUAUUUAUCGAUAUCAAAAAGAUAUUAAGAGUAAAGGGAUUAAUUCUUAAUAGGAGGAAGAUGAUGAUAUUGUUAAUGCAAUCGCAUUUAAAAAUUACUUGUCUUUAUGUGAAGAGAAAAUGAAGUUUUCUGCAAAUUUACAUAAGGAAUUUUGGAUAGAAUUAAAGGAAGACCAACCUGAUUUAGGGAGAUUAAUGAAUAUUGGUGCUAGAAUUAGUAGAGUAACUAAUGAAGCAAAAGAGAAUUAUGAAAAUAUGUAAAAAAUAAAUUCAAAUAUGCCAUACACGAUGUAAGUAUUUGGUAAUUUUAUGAUUCAUGUUAUGAAUGACUCUAAGGGAGGAAUCAAUUAAUUAAAUAAGGCAAAAUAAUUAAAAGAACAUCUAAAGAAAAACUAAUUAGGCCGUAAAGAUAUGAUAAAUUUUGAAACUGAUUAAAUCCCAUUCAUUUAUGCAAGUGCUAAGAAGUCAGAUCCAGGUAAUAUAUUAUAAAUGAAUUCAUUAUUUACAGUUUACUUUGGAUACUCUAAAGAAGAGAUAAUAGGAAAGAAGAUAAAUGUUUUAAUGCCUUAAAAAUAUGCAGAGAAUCAUGAUAAAUACAUGAGUAACUUCUUUGAUAAUUUUGUACUUAAUUUAAGAUAAGAAAUAGGGAUAUAAAGCGAAUAUCUUGAAGUAGAUUAGAAUAGAUUAUUUAAACACAAAAAUGGAUACCUUUUUCCAUUAACUUAUUAAGUAACAUUACAUUUAGAUUCCCUUGUAUAUAUUGCAACCUUCAAAUCAGAAGCAACACUAAAAACUUAAAUAUAUUUUGUGGUUGACAAAUUUACAUAGAUAAUAGAAAUGUCUUCAGGUGCUAUAACGUACUUUGAAUUAGAAUUGAAAAAUUUGGUAGACAAGAUAAAAUUGAAUGAUUAUAUCCCUGAUGUUUUGACUAAAAAUGCUAAAGAUGUCUUCUCUAAAAUCCCAAAUAAAGAUGGCUUCUAUUACUUCAAUUGCUAAGUAAAAGAAACUAUUUUACCAGUCUUCAAUCCAAAUGAUAGUGAUGAAGAAUAGAAGAAAAGUGAACGCACUGGAUUUUAUGUAGUUCGACUUGAUAAGAUUGAAAAAAAUGAAGCAAAUCUUAAAUAUAUGUUAAAAAAAGGAGUAUAACGUACAGGAAGUAUUAGUAAUCCAGAAUCAGAAUAAAUAAUGAAAGCCACUUCUUAACAAAAAGUACCAAAUUUGGGUAAUAUGAGUUCAGACAGUUAAGCUGCUCUUAGAAAUUAAGAUAAUUAAGAAGUAGAUACUAAUUUAUUGAGGUAUAUGCAAGAUUUGUACGAGAACCCACAAUUAGAUGAAAUUAGAGAUUUAUUUAAAUAAUGUAAUGAAGAAACUGAGAGUGUUCCUUCAAUUAAUUUAGCUGGAGGCAUUCUCACAAAGAGAUACAUUAAUGGCUAAAUUGUAAGUAUUAAUGAGGAUUAGGAAUAAUUAUUUUUAUAAAUCUUAGAGGAAGAAGAAGAGUAUAAUUCAUUAUUCAGAAAUUAAGGAAAUGAUUUUGAAGAUGAGGAUGAUUACAAAUUAUUUACUUAUAAUAAUUCUGCUAAUAUAAUUCAAAUUGCUUUAUAAACUCAUCAUAAACAUCAAGAAAUAACAACUUUUAAGAUUUAUUCAUCUUUAUGGAUUGUAUUCAUUUUGGCUAUGACAAGUUUGCAACAAUACUUUUGUUCUCAAUAAUUCAAUGAUUAUAGGAUAGACGUCAAUAUCUUAUAAUAAAUAAACAAUUAGCUGAUUGAAAUCAAUAGAUUAACUUCUAGAGUUUUAGAUUUGGCUAUUUAUUCUGCCAAUCUGUACACGUAUAAUAUUACUGAAAUAGCAAAUGAUAUAUCAAUGUCAGCUUCCUCUGUUAUUGAUUUCAAUUCUGCUAUGAAUUCAAUAGAUUAUUUAAAUUUUUAAUCAUAAUUUGAAGAUGAAAUAUCAUUUAGAUUUUAUACUGAUUUUGCAUAUUAAGAUGAUGCUUUAAGACUUGAAACAGCAUUAGUUGUUUUUUGUUCCUUAGCCUUAAAUUCUUCAGUAGCCAAUUAUCAAUCUAUCAGUUUUGAUAAUAUUUAUUAUUAAGGAGUAGUCCACAAUUAUUUUGAUGUGCUUUAUGAAAAAUUAUGCGACAUUUCUGGUUCAACCUAUUAUAAUAUCAAAGAUAUUAUGGAUUACCCACAAGUGGAUUUAUUGAUUUUAUUAUCAGCUUCAAUAUUUGUAUCAGUAAUGGCUAUGAUCAAAUUUAUAUUUCUAAUGUUUGCCAUCAAAACAAAAAGAGAAAAUAUUUUAUUUCUUUUUUUGGAUAUUCCAACCUAUCAUUUAGAUGUACUAUAUAAAAAAUGUGACAGAUUUCUGAAAAACUAUGUAAGUAUUGAGGAAAUGUAAAAUAAAUAAGAAUAACAAGGUUAUGAAAGUUCAGAAGAUGAAAAUGAAUUUUAAGAGGAAAAAAUUGAAGUCUUAAAAGCACCAGAUGAGGAUGAAUCUGAUAUCUUAUUGAGGUAAACUUAAAAUAGAAAAAAAAUUAUUAAAAAAUAUAGAUAAAAUAGGCUAAAAGGAAAUUAAGGCAUUAUUAUUCAAUUUUUCGUUAUUUCUGUUUUUACCUUAGUAUUCACUGUUUAUAACAUACUUGGAAGCCAGUCCUAGUAAUCAUAGAUAAACUUCCUUUUGCCUCAAUAUUAUUAAAGCCUAUUCACAAUAAAUAAUUAUGGCUAUUAUAUAAAUAUACAAAAAUUGAUGAUGCUUGAUUACACAAAUCAAAUAAAGGGAGUUCAAGUUUCUGAAUAUGCAAUUAAUAACCUCACUAUCUUUACUGGAAAUGCUGAAAAAAUGAAUGCGUUUAACUUUGAUAUCUUAUCUGAAUUAUAAGCAUUCAGGGACAAAUACAUCAAUAUUUAUUAUGGCAAUCUAUGUGAAUAAAUAAUCAAGACUGCUGAGGUUGAUUAAUGUUAGAAAAUCAUUAAUUCAAAUUUAUAAUUAGGAAUUUACAACACUGAAUCUUAUUUUUUGGAAUAUUUUAGAAUCAAUAUUCAAAAUUUUUAUUAGAAUACUACCUAGAAUUCUCCUUUAUUGAAUGCAACUCAAUUCUUUGAAAUUGAUAGAGCAUUAUAUAAUUACGUAUAUGAUGCUAUUACCAAUAUCAUCACUUAUGAGAGGGAUCUAAUUACUAGUGGAAUGGAUAACAUCUCAUACAUUCAAUUGAUCCUAUUAAUAAUAUUUAUAGUGCUUUUAGUGGCCAUUUUUUUAUUUAUAUGGAUUCCGUUUUUGAAUGGACUAAAUACUUAAAUUAAUUAAACCAUAGAGAUGCUCAAUAUGAUUCCAUUGGAAGUAGUGAAGGAGAAUAAGAGCAUACGUAGAUUUGUGAAAUCUUUGAUAAAAUCAAUGAAUAAAUGA